AUGAAAAGAAUGGCUGGACAUUUUAGAAAAUUUAUAGAUAUUGGUGCUAACCUUACCGAUGAUAUGUAUCAAGGCAUUUAUCAUGGCACAAAGAAGCACGAUGCAGACCUAGCGAAAGUUUUGAAUAAGUCCUGGAUCAGCGGUCUUGAUAAAAUUAUAAUCACUGGUGGAAGUUUGUGUGAUAGUAAACAAUCUAUUGAAUUGAGUCGCAGUGAUGCUCGCCUAUUCUCUACUGUAGGAUGCCACCCUACAAGGUGCAAGGAAUUCUUAGAUAAAUCUGAAAAUUAUCUUGAUAAUUUAAGAAAACUGAUUGCUCAUAAUAAAGACAAAGUAGUUGCAAUUGGUGAAUGUGGGUUGGAUUAUGAACGAUUACAGUUUUGUGAGAAGGAAGUGCAAUUACAGUAUUUUGAGCUACAGCUACAGCUUAGUUCUGAAUUCAAUUUGCCACUUUUCUUGCACUGUCGUGCUGCUGCAGAUGAUUUAGUGGAUAUACUCACCAGAAAUAAGGAUAAAUAUAUUGGUGGUGUAGUACACUCAUUUGAUGGAACACAAGAAGCUCUUAACAAAAUUCUUGCACUAGACCUUUAUAUAGGCAUCAAUGGAUGUUCACUAAGAACAGAGGAGAAUUUAAAUGUAGCUGCUAAAAUCCCUCAAGAUCGAUUGAUGAUAGAAACUGACUGCCCAUGGUGUGAAGUGAAGCCUACACACCCUGGUUAUAAGUAUGUAACUACAAAAUACGCAACUGUGAAGAAAGAGAAAUACUCUGUUGAGUCUGAUUGCCAAGUGAAGGGGAGGAAUGAGCCAGCAAAUAUCAUACAAGUACUCGAGAUAUUAGCAGCAAUAAGAAAGGAAAAUGUAGAUGAACUUGCAGAUGCAAUUUACAAUAACACUGUGAAGUUGUUCUUUAGCAAUAAUAAGAAUAUUAAUCCUGUUUAA